GGCAAUUUCCUCCAGCGCCUGUUAAAGGGGCGGAAGUCCGUCAGACACUCACUGGAGUUCCUAAACUCUUUUUCUCUUUCAGUUUCUCACACACACAGUUACAAACUCCAGAGACUCCACAGCGGUUCAGAGGCUGUGAAUUGGACUUUAGCAGUACAGGCUACACCAGAAACAGUGACCCAGCCAACCAUGAGCAGCACCUACAGCGUAUCCUUGAUCGGACCUUCUCCCUGGGGUUUCAGACUUCAGGGUGGUAAGGACUUCAGCAUGCCCCUCACCAUCUCAAGACUGACAGAUGGAGGGAAAGCGGCUAAAGCUAAGAUCAACGUUGGAGACGUUGUGUUGUCUAUCGAUGGCAUCGCCACAGACACCAUGACACACCUGGAGGCCCAGAACAAAAUCAAAGCUUGUAUGGGAAACCUGAACCUAUCACUGCAGAGAUCCUGUGCUAAAAUGGAGACCACAAAGGAUGAAGCACCGGAGAUCAUAAAGCCUGUGCCCAUCAACCAAUCAGCUGUGCCUGCCACCACCUUCCCCGCCAGCCUCGCCCCGGGCAACAGCGCUUACAAUAAGACCGCACGGCCUUUUGGUGGGACCGUUAAUACCGUUCGAUCAGUCAGUCCGUCCUCGGCACCGACAGCACCCAAAGCCGCUAUCCCUUCCGCUUCUUCUGCAUUCACUCCAGCUGCGCCUUCCCAGCAGCCUCCUCAGCCCCCAUUCCCGCUGGGUGGCAGCGCCAACCGUCCGCUGUCCUCGCCUAGCUCCGCCCCUAGGCCCGCAUCUGGCCACUCUCCCUUCGCCAACUCCUCCUCAACAUCCUCCUCUGGCUCCUCGUCCCCGGCGAGAGUGAUAGGCCCCCCAUCUGUCCCCACCCCCCCACAGCCCUCCGUCUAUAACACGCCCAUCAACCUCUACUCCAAUCAGAAUGCCUGUGAGGUGGCGAUGGGUCAGAGGCGGGGCCUGCUGGAGAGCAAAGGCAUAGGAGAACAACAAAACGGGACCGCUCGGAAACCCGUCAUAGAGAUGGAUGUGAAUCAUGUGUCUCCGCUCAGUGAUGCCAGUAAAAAGCGUCUGAUUGAGGACACGGAGGAUUGGCACCCACGCACGGGCACGUCACAGUCGCGAUCCUUCCGUAUCCUGGCACAGAUCACAGGCACAGAAAACGAUCAAGCCCAGGAGAAGCGGCCCGGAAAGAAGGAGGAAGAUGAGGAUGUUCAGCCCAGUUCUCAUGUAACAUCUUCAGUCAAAACUAUGACCAAAACCCCCGCUGGAGUCCCUCGACAGGGCAACGGCGUCACACCACCUACAACCAAAAACUGGCAGUCUGGGAACACUGCAGGAUUUCCCAAAGCAAGUGCACCUGUUCCGCAGAUGGGCCCCUCGUUCGGACGGGUGAGUAACAGCGUUCCGAAGGGUCCAAAUCGCCCUGCGCCUCAAGCUCACCCUAAAGACCAAGAUGAUUUGCUGGUACAAAGAGCUGAACAUAUCCCUGCGGGCACACGCACACCAAUGUGUGCUCAAUGCAACAUGGUCAUCAGGGGUCCGUUCCUGGUGGCCAUGGGCAAAUCGUGGCACAAGGAGGAGUUUAACUGUGCCCACUGUCACAACUCACUGGCAGAUGUGGGGUUUGUGGAGGAGCGAGGAUCCGUGUACUGUGAGCACUGUUAUGAACAGUUCUUUGCUCCUGAAUGCUGCCGCUGUCAACAGAAGAUUCUAGGGGAAGUCAUCAACGCCCUGAAGCAAACCUGGCAUGUGUACUGCUUCCUGUGUGCGUCCUGCCAGCAGCCAAUCAGAAACAACACGUUUCACCUGGAGGAUGGGCAGCCGUACUGCGACACAGAUUACUACACUCUCUUUGGUACCAGCUGUCAUAGUUGUGACUUCCCCAUUGAAGCUGGUGAUAAGUUUCUAGAGGCGUUGGGCUUCACGUGGCAUGAUACAUGUUUCGUGUGUGCGGUGUGCACCACGAGUCUAGAAGGUCAGACUUUCUUCUCCAAGAAAGACAAGCCGUUAUGCAAGAAACACGCUCACACUGUGCAGUUCUGAACACAUUCGCUAUGAAAUGCCAGACGACAAUGGAAUGAUUUUUUUUUUAUUGCUGGUCAUAUUUGAGAUUUAUUUUAGUAUUUGAAUGCUUUUGCUAAGAGAAAUAUGAAAUCACACUGCAAAAAAGUCAUAUUCCUAAUGGUGUUUACCAGAAUGUAUCUUGAAUAUACGUAUAUUUUGUCUUGUUGCAUGUAAAACAUAAGGAGAUGUUUAGCAAAAUGUUUUGUCUCAGUCACUACUCACUUUUGUAGUAUUUUAUUUUUUGAUUUUUCCCCUUUUUCUCCCAAUUUGGAAUGCCCAAUUCCCAAUGCGCUCUAAGUCCUCGUGGUGGCGUAGUGACUCGCCUCAAUCCGGGUGGCGGAGGACGAAUCUCAGUUGCCUACCGUCAAUCCGCGCAUCUUAUCACGUGGCUUGUUGAGCACGUUACCACGGAGACAUAGUGUGUGUGGAGGCUUCACGCCGUCCACCGCGGCAUCCACGCACAACUCACCACGAACCCCACCGAGAACGAGAACCACAUUAUAGUGACCACGAGGAGGUUACCCCAUGUGACUCUACCCUCCCUAGCAACCGGGCCAAUUUGGUUGCUUAGGAGACCUGGCUGGAGUCACUCAGCAUGCCCUGGGUUCGAACUCGUGAACUAGCGAACUCCAGGGGUGAUAGUUAGCGUCUUUUACCACUGAGCUACCCAGACCCCCCACUUUAGUAGUAUUGAAAAAGGAUGCAAUGACAGUAAAUGGUGACUGAGGUCUGACAUCUCCUUUUGUGUUCCACAGAAGAAAGUCAUACAUGUUUUGAACAACAUGAGGGUGAGUAAAUGAUGACAGUUUUCAUUUUGGGAUGAAUUGUUCCCUUUAAGCAGUAUUGCUUAUCUGGUGAAAUUAGGGAUGUUUUGAUAUUUUUACUGGAAAACAAGAAUAUGCUUUUUUGUAGUGUAAGGAAAUAUUUGCAUUGAUUCCAGUUUAUUCGCAAUGUGUUUAUCAAUAAACAUCUGAAAGCUCGUUAUGAGAUUUACAUCAGAGUUAAUAGAAUGCUGAUAGAUUAAAGCAGUUUGUGCAUGUUUUUGGAAACCCUCAUCAAAGCUCAGAUUUUAUAUCAGAUACUGUAUCAAUUUUAGUAUUAAAUACACCUGAUAAAUGAACUUUCCUAAAUAAGAUUGUGUUGCAAUGUGGAUGUUCUUUUAUGUUGUUAUGUUAGUGAAUAGAAUGCAAUGCAAUGUUUAAUUGAGAAUGCACAUUACCAUAAUAGAACAUAAUUUGAACUUGCAAGAACUAUUUUAGUCUACAUUUUAAGCCUUAUUAUUCUGCUUUUGAUGCAUAUUUAAAGUAGGCUUUGACUUGAAACGUUUAUUGCAUUCACUCAUUAAAAUCGCAAGUAUGUUGGCUAUAAAAUUGCCACAGUUCAGAUUCUAUUCAAUUCAGAUUCAUGGGCCGCUCCACACACACAGCUCUAUUAAUACAGCUAUAUUUAUUGAGGGGGUAGACAUGAUGGUUUCUGAGGUUUUCUAAGGGCUUUGCUUAUAUAUUACAGCACUGACAGCAUCUGUGCCUUCAGAACGUUGAUAUAUAAUGUUGCAUGUGUUGUUUUUGCAUCUUGUGAGGUUUGUGAAAUUCAGUGUUUGUCAGGUUUAUAUUCUCUGAUUGUCUCAGUACAUUAAUUAAAACUUUAUUUUGUGCACAAAUGAUUGUGCAAAUAGAACUAAUAUACAGAUAUUUACAUGUAUAAGUAAUUAAGAUUUCUGUUUUGUUCUCUUCGUUGUUUCACUCGAGUUUUUAAGCUAAUAAGGGGUUGAUGGUUCAUGAUCUUCUUUAUUAUGUUUGGUUUUAAUUCUAUUCAAGUUUUAAACUGCAAUGCACCUCUGUAUUAUGAGAUGGGAUAAAAUAAUAAAAUAAACUUUCCUUUUAUCAAACCAAA